AUGUUCAGUUGGGUUUGCAAGAUGGCCCCAUCAUUUCAUCUUAGUGGUAACAAAAUUGAAAUCAUUGAAGGGCCCAGGGAGUUUCAUGAAAAAUUAAAAGAAUUGUCAUUGAAAUCAAAGAAGAGAAUUCUCUUAGGCUCAUUAUACCUGGGCAUCAGUCCAUUAGAGCAAGAGCUGGUUGACAGCAUAAAAGAUGCCCUUCGUGAAUCAGACAAAACUGACAAUGGAAAGUUGAGAGUGACGGUUGUUCUAGAUUACAUGAGAGCCAGUAGGGGAUUUAAGAACUCGAGAACCAUGCUUCUAUCUCUGAUCAACCAUCAUUCAUCUCCUUCUUCAACAUUACCAUCUUCAUCCUCAUUAAAUCUCUAUUUAUUCCACACUCCUGACUUGAGAGGAUGGCUUAAAAAGUGCUUACCUGAGAGAUUCAAUGAAGUUGUUGGUCUUUUUCACAUCAAGGCCUACAUAUUUGAUGAUCACAUCAUCAUAAGUGGGUCCAAUUUGAGCGAGACCUACUUCAGCAGCAGACAAGACAGGUAUGUCUUGAUCAAAAAUUUCAAACCUCUGGCCGACUUUUACCAUCAACUGUUUGACAUCAUCUCGAAAUAUUCCUUCAGUGUGGGGUCCGAUGACUCUCUGCACUAUGGAGAUGUGCCACAUCCUUAUUCUGAAACUAACAAAAAGUUCAGGGAGAACAUGAAAGGUGAAGUAGAAGAGCUGAUACACUCAUACAUGAUUGCAUACAACAACAACAACACUGGCAACUAUCAUAAUGAUGACAAUGAUAUUGAUAAUAACAAUGAUGAAAGAAGCCAUAACGAAACAGACACUGUUAUCUAUCCCCUAAUUCAAAUGGGUCCAAUGAAUGUCACUCAAGAUGAGAAACUAACAACCAAACUCCUAACUCAUUUUCCUAAAAAUUCUCGAGUCUAUUUGGCCUCCGGUUACUUUAACAUUACAGACGAGUAUAUAGACAUUAUUAUACGUUCGUCGUCAUCUUUUUUUCACAUAUUAACUGCUGCUCCACAGGCAAACAGUUUUUAUAAAUCUGCUGGCCUAUCGGGUUCAAUACCUCCUGCCUACACUUACAUAGCUUCUCGAUUCUUAGAGCAGGUUAAAAAUAGCCAGCAAACUAGUAGAAUCAAGAUGUACGAGUACAAUAGACCCAAUUGGACUGUCCAUUCUAAAGGAGUGUGGCUGUACCCCCCUUCUGAUCAAAAUGGACCUGACCUUCCCUAUUUGACUCUCGUUGGGUCUUCUAAUUAUGGUUAUAGAUCAGUGAAAAGAGAUCUAGAGAGCCAGUUGUUAAUCAUUACAAAUAAUAAAAACCUACAAAUGAAACUGCACCAGGCUAGCCAGAAACUUUGUAUUCAAGAUUCGUACGAAUUGACGGCAGACGUGCUGAAGGAAGAUGAUCGAAAGGUCCCUUAUUGGGUGACUUUGGUGGCACCCCGAGUGAAAACAUUCUUCUAA